AUGCACGAUUUUUUGGGCAAUUUUAUUAAGUUUAACCAUUAUAACUAGUGGUAACUUUGACAAAAAUAAACAAAUCUUGAUCUUUGUGACAAAUAGUCAAUAAUUUGCAAAUUUGCAUAACGAUUAGUCGAUUACAGUCAACAGGACGGCGAUUAAUCAAUAGUACAAUGUUUACAAAAUAUUUCAGAUGUAUGUCGCAGAUAACGCGAUUUUAACUAGUUUUAGUCAUGUCUAGUCGUAGUUUAAGUGCAAUACUCGUAGUCCUAUCAGCGCUUGUAGCCGCCUGUCAUGCCUCCAACGGGGACCGCACCCAGUUCUUUCACAAUUGUCGACAGAACUGCGAGCGAACAAACUGUUCGGCAGAUGGUCUGGAGAUCCAAGAACAGGCAGUCAAGUUCUAUAAGCAGUCAGUGUUCGACCGGCUUUUCCAGUGGAGCUGCGCGGACGAGUGUCAGUAUGGUUGUAUGUGGCGCACUGUGUUGGCCUUUUUCGAGCGCGGAUGGCCUAUUCCUCAGUUUUAUGGCAAGUGGCCUUUCCUCCGUCUGCUGGGAAUGCAGGAGCCGGCAUCCGUAAUAUUCUCCCUUCUAAACUUUGCGGUGCACCUCCGCAUGCUACGAAAAUUCCGUCGGGAAGUGCGUCCAGACAGUCCCUGCUUCAUGCUGACCCAUAUAUUUGCUGUGACAAGUCUUAACGGCUGGAUCUGGUCUGCCAUCUUUCACACUAGGGACUUCCCGCUGACCGAGCUGCUGGACUAUGCCUUUGCUUAUUCAAUAAUUCUGUGCUCGCUGUACGUCAUGGUCAUGAGGAUGCUUCACCGCUACUCCCUGUUCCUCAGAGGUGUAAUAUCGCUAGCCUUCCUUUCCUACUACAUAAACUACUUUGCCUACUUGAGCGUGGGACGGUUCAACUAUACAUUUAACAUGAUAGUUAACGUGGCCACAGGAGUGAUCGCGGCCGUAGGAUGGUUUGUUUGGUGCCAUUUUGUGCGCAUACGAAGGCCAUACUUCCGGAGAAUUUUGCGCUUCUAUGUUCUCAUGGCGCUGGCCAUGAGCCUAGAACUGCUGGACUUUCCACCGAUCCUCUGGAUUUUAGAUGCUCACGCCUUGUGGCACCUGGCUACAGUUCCACUGGCUUCUCUGUACUACGACUUCAUGAUCGAGGACUGUCGAACCUUACGAAAAGAGAAAGCUGCGGCCGGCGGCUAUGCAUUCUACAAUUAGUAUUAUUCAGGACAUUAAAAACUAAAAUUCUGGAGUCAUUCUUAAGGAUGUUGAGAAAAAUCGCCUUGAAAGUAACCAGAUUUGCUGGAAAUGUUCUCGCUUCGUUUACAAAGACAUAAUAGAAACUUUAUUACAACAA